AUGGCAGCCAAAAUUCAUCACAACAGCUUGGGUACGAUUCGAGGCAUCGAGGCAGAUGGCGUUCACAAGUACCUGGGCUUGAGCUAUGCCUCACUGAGCGGCAGAUUUGCCGAUGCUCAGCUUGUGAGCAGAUAUCCCAAAGGGAUAACCGAUGCAACGCACCUAGGGCCAACUGUCAUUUCACCUCCAAAUGGAUGUUCGAUGGAGCAUAGCUUGAUACAGCAGUCCUUGCCUUACGAAGUAUUGCCAUCUUCGGAGACCGAAGGCUUGAAUCUCAAUGUAUUCGUACCAAGCCAGCACAAGAGCAGCCUCCCAGUUUUCGUUUAUGUGCACGGUGGUGGCUUCACCAUCGGCUCCGGUGCCUGGCCACCCUAUGACCUCGCUGGAAUCGUCAAACUAUCCGAAAAUCUUGGCUCACCAGUCAUUGGUAUCACGAUCAACUACAGACUGGGCGCAUUUGGCUUUCUGACAUCUGCAGAGCUUAAGAGUGCUGGUUUCAAGGCCAACAGAGGGUUAAGAGACCAGCAGGUGGCUCUGAGAUGGAUCCAAAAACACAUUUCCGGAUUUGGAGGCGACCCUGCCAAUGUAACCUUCGUGGGGGAAAGCGCUGGCGGUGUCGCGGGCACAUUGCAUUUGCAGUCCGAAGAACGUCUCUUCACACGCCUCGUAAGCCUGGGCGGGACAUCGCUUUUGAUGAAGCCACUCCCUCCGUUCGUCGCUGAUUAUGCCUACAAGAGGGUGGCGGACGCAUUGGAUCUUGGCUCGAUGGACGCAGGCGAACGUGUCAAAGGUUUGCUGGAAAUUCCCGCUGAGGAGUUGUUGGCCAAAUGUACUCCAGACAUCCCGCUGCUGCCGGUCUUGGACAGUCCACUCUUGACGUCCAACGUGACACAUGCGGACUGGAGGAAUGGCCGCGCCCGUGGCCGGCUGCCUGGCUUGACUUGGUGUGAAAGCCUUCUUAUUGGCGAUUGUGGCUUUGAUGGCUCUAUUUUUUCGUACAUGAUUCAGCCGAGGGCCACAGGUAUCGCAGCCACAUUUCGCAAAAGCGUCACAGCCACUCUAGGAGGCGAGCCGCAAAUGGCUCAGUCUCUUAUGCAAGCAUACGGAAUCACCGAAAACGUUCCCGACAACGAAGCGUUGGUUCAAAUUCUGCGAUUUGCAUCAGACAUAGGCUUCUAUGCUCCCAUGCUUUCACUGGCUAGCGGCUGGCCGGGCGAGUCGUACUUGUACCACUUCAACGAGCUCAACCCCUGGGAUGGCCCGGGGAAAGGCGAAGCGACCCACGUCCUCGACGUAGCGUUCCUAUUCCAAAAUUAUAAUCAAUUCCUUUCAGCGGAUCAGAAAACCUCCGCGCAAGAAUUUGCAAAGCAUGUUAUAGCGUUUGUGAACGGAGGAGCUCCCUUCCCGGCCCACUCGUCCAAAAAUGGCGGUGCCCAGGUUUAUGGUGGUGUCUCGGCUUCGGAUUCUGGCAAGUCGGAUUUCGUUAUGGGGACAGCGGCAGCCCCAUACGGACGGAAAGACACUAUCUUAAAAUUAAUAGACACGAUCGGUUUAGAUACGUUGUCCCAGGCGUGGGACAGCUUUUUAGGAGGCCAUUAA